UCCUGAAUUAAAAUAAUUCAUUUUACAGUCGUGUCUGUACAAUGUGCUUUGAACUCUGCCAGCUGCAUCCAACUCCAUCUUAAUCCAACAUUUCUUUUUUCAAUUUUCUGAACUCCCUUUUCUUUGCUUCUUUUCUCAUCCUUCCCAUUCUCUGGUGCAUCACCCAUUUGUUGUCCUAUUUCAGGUUCUUUGUUCUCUCAUGUCUCUUCUUCUGCAGUCUCAUCUUUCUUUCUUUCUGCCGUCACAUUUCUCCAUUUCCCUCUACAUUCCCUGAGAGAAUUGUUUCUGCUUCCAUCUUCUGUUACAUAUUGUUUCAUUUCUUCCUCCUUUCUAUCGAGUUUCUUGUUCCUUUCCUCCCGUGUUUUUCAUUCCUUCUUCCUCAUACACCUUUUUCCUUUUCACACUCCCCCAUUUCCUAUUUUUUUCUCUCCCAAUCGCAUAUUUUCCUUCCUCUUUCCUCUCGCGUUUCUCCUCUUUUUCACUCCCCUUUCACUUGUUUCUCUCCCUUUCUUCCUCCUGUUUCUGUUCUGUCCUGUCACUCCCACCUUUCCUUUCGCCCCCUCCCUCCUUUCCCCCGCUCCUCUACUUUGUCUCCUUUCAAGAAUGAAUACUGUCUAUUGUCAUUCUUCAGCACACGAGUCUCUUUUCUCGCUGUCUUUCCCCCUCGUGUUUCCGACCCCUCUCCCUCCCCUCGUGUUUUUCCCUCCCGCCGCUCUCCUGUUCUUUCUCUCGUGGAUCCUCCCGCUCGCUCCCCCCCCCCCCCUCCACACGACUGCGGAAAUGACACAAAGUCACGUCACGGAGCGGACACUCGGAGAAAAAAACACGGGCCGCUGGCCGCAGGGAGUGAGAGAGCGCAAGCUUGUGCCGAGUGGAGCGGUCUCAGGUAGCAGCCUCAAGUCACUGACACGGGUCGAUGCUGCGGAGCCAAGCAGACAAUGAACUUUGCAGAAAAGAAUGAAGAGCCUGGAUUCAGAGCACCAUUCAGAGGACUAAACCCGUCAGUCAGCAAGGAUGAAGAGUUGAGAAAAGGAGUGCCUGUGUCAGAAGUGAAUGUUGAUGUGGUCAAGACAGAAGUAAUUGUGAAAGAUGAUGAUGAUAUGGGUGGUUUUAGUCCAGAAGGAGCAGGCGAGACCAGAAAUGUACAAGAUGUAGCAAAACAGAAACAGAUGCAGAAUGGUUUUGGUGAGGUGAUGACAGAGCACGAUAACCCAAUCUUCUUCAAAAGGAGGAGAAUCAACUGCGAGGACAUGUUGGCAAGUUUCAGAGGCACAAACUCUGUGGUGUCUUCGCAGAGAUUUCUGGAAGGCGUAAGCAAGGCCAAGGACGCCAGUUCGGCUCUCUUGAUGGAAAAUGAAGACCCUCUACAAGCCAGACCCUCAUUCAGGAAGCCCCUGUAUAGCAUUGCGCAUAAAAUAUCAGACCGACGAAGCGUACAAGCUGUGGACCAACACACGUCAGCUGAGGUUUCAGACAGACCUUGCCUCAACAGUCUCUUAGAGCAGCGAAACCUUACUGAUGCUCACAAGAAUUAUUCUUCCACCCUGUCGGCCCAUGUUGCUGAAGGUGACUCGACCCUCUACUCCUUAAUCCACAAAAUGUUUUUCACUCUCAACACUUUGAACUCCACCAUGACCCAGCUGCACAGCAAAAUUGACUUGCUGUCGUUAGAGGUGAGCAGAAUUAAAAAGCACGUGAACCCUGGCGAAUCGGUGGUGGAGUUCUUGCCGCCCGCAGAGUACCAGCUCAACAAUGCUGAACUGAAGCAGGUCCUGGACCAGAGCUCCUCGCCCGGAGACUUUGCCUGUCGUUUACUCGUGCAGCUCUUUCCGGAGCUCUUCACUGAAGACGAGAUCAGCAGGGUUUGCAACGUCUGCCGGACUGCAUCUGAGAAGAAACUGGAUACCCUUCACCUCCAGCUCAUCAGAAACUACGUUGAUGUCUGCUAUCCGGCGGCCAGGAAUGGGAACAUCUGGCAGGUAGAAUGCUUGCCGCAGAUAAGUGACUUCUUCAACAGGUUUUGGGCGCAGAGGGAAAUGGAGAAUAGUCAGCAGAGUUCCACAGUAAUCAACUUUUAUCAGGCUGACCAAGCCUUGGAGCAGCCUCAGCCUAACUGCUUCAUCAAUGACAAUGCAGAAGAUGAAGGAUUGUCCAUGGAUUCCUUCAGCAGCCUAAGCUCAGAGUUGGUUUUGGACCCUCAGGAAGUGAGUGAGUACCUGGAGGAAGCUUCGUCUGCUGGGGAGUUUGCCAUUUUGCUGGUCCAUCGAUUUUUCCCUGAGCUAUUUAACGCUAGAAGUUUGUCAUCGCAGUUCAGCUGUUACGGGUCACCUGAAAAGCAGCCGCUCGACCCACAGAGGAUGCAGGUUAUCCGGAAGUACACAGAAAUCUACUUUCCGGAUGUGCAGGAUGACAAGGUCUGGAUGCAGCAGGUCAUCCAGAAGCUGGAUGAAGAACUGACGAGCGUCCACUCUGAUGGGAGUGAGCCCGAUGUGUACAGGAAUGAGAGCCACUGCUCCUUCAGCGUCUCUCUGGUCGGAGGCAGCGAGAGCUUCGAUUUUGAUAAAUCCUCACAGAAGCUGAAGAAAGUCUGGCUAAAGCCCGUCGACUUUAACAGCCUGGCGAUAUCCCCUCCAGACUUUGAAGUGCGUAGCCCGGAGCACAUCCUUGACAAACACCAGCUGAAAAACAUUUACGAGAGCAGCCUGUCCAUGGGUAAUUUUGCCUCCCGCUUGUUGGUGAGGCUCUUCCCUGAGCUCUUCACACUGGAUAACCUGAGGAAGCAGUACAAUUGCAGUGGCUCCCUCGGCAAGAAGCAGCUGGACCCAGUGCGGAUUAAAAUCAUUCGGCACUAUGUGCAGUUGCUGUACCCCAGCGCCAAGUGUGACAAGAUAUGGAACCAGGAGUUUGUACCGAAGCUGGAUGAGAGGUGCCGGCGUCGAGACACCGAGCAAAGGCGCAUUUACCAGCAACAAAGGAAGAAAUCCAUCAUCUGUAGUGAAAGAGAGGAGCCAGUAGUUUCAGUAGUCCAGCCAGAGCAAGUCAGAACGGAAACAGUGCAGGCACCACCAGAGAGAACAGAACGCUACAACAGAAACUUUUGCAAAGUGUCACUCAGUGAACUGAACAUCCCUGCUGUCGAUUUCCCAGUAUCAAAUAAAUAUUUGCUCCCCACAAAAGAUUUAAAGGAAAUAGUGCAGGACAGUCUGUCAGUUGGGAACUUUGCUUCCCGACUUCUUGUCAGGAUCUUUCCAGAGCUGUUUACCCCCGAAAAUCUCAGACUGCAGUACAACCAUUCAGGCGCGUGCAACAAGAGGCAGCUGGAUCCAGUCCGCUUGAGGCUUAUUCGGCACUACGUGGAAGCGGUUUACCCCCGGGCCAAGAGUGAUCAAGUUUGGCAGCUGGAGUGCAUACCGAGCAUCGAUGAGAGAUGCAGGCGGCCGGACAGGAGCAAGUGCAAGAUCAUGAAGAAGUCCAAGAAUAAGAAAAGUUGAACGUUCUCUCAGUAAUCUUCAGAAGUAUCAAAUUGGGUUUUUAAGGAGCUUUACCACAAGAUGGUGACUCAUUUGCUAAGUUUACCACAGGCGCAGAUAAGCUAGAAAUAUUUUUUAAAACUUCAAAAGAACCGUAAGUGCCAGUUCAAUGGAGAACACACACUUGGAGUUCCCACCUCUCUGAUUAUUUCAUUUACGUUUGAUUUCUUUUCAGUCUUGGUGUUAUUUCAAGGAAUGCACCGUUUUUUUUUUAUCUUGUUGGUGCACCCAGGGCAAAAUCAUAAACAAGGCAUAAUCUACCUUUGUACUUCACUCGGUGAAGGAAGGUGAGGUUUUAUUCUGCCUAUCCAAGAGUGGAGUUAUCCCCUCAUCAAGAACUGUGGUGUUUCUGUUAAACUGCGCUGAGAAAGGGAUCAGCGAUUGUAGGGAAAAGGAGUGAGGUCCACGGAAAUGGCUCCCAGCAACACACACACAGUCCUCGGCAGCUCAGGCAGUGUUUAUGGUGGGGAAUGAGCAACUGGGCGAGGGGGAAGGAGUCGGAAUAAGAAUGUUCAAGGAGGGGAAGGAGUACCCGCUGGCUGGUGUUGAGUAAAGCCUGGGGGAAAUAAGAAGCUGGGAGGUCAUGGGUGGAAGGGCUGGAGAAGAAGGAAUCUAAUAGGAGAGGAGGGUGGGUCAAGGAAGGAGGAGGAGCACCAGAGGGAGGUGAUAGAUGGAUGAGGAAAAUUGAAUGGUUGAGAGGGGUACCAGAAUGGGGAAGAGGGGAGAAGUUACCUGACGUUUGACAAAUUGAUGUCCAUUCCUUCAAAUUGGAGGCUGCCUUGACAGAAUAUGAGGUGUUGCUCCUCCAACCUGAGUUUGGCUUUAUCAUGGCAAAAGAGAAGACUUUAUUUCAUAAUAUCUUCCCCCUCCCCUUUCUCUUGUUCCCCCCAUUCUGGUUACCCUCACACCUCUUCUCCUUACCUGCCCAUCAUCUCCUUCUGGUUCUCCUCCUCCCUUCUACGAUUCACUCCUAUCAGAUCCCUUUGUCAGCCCUUUAUCUCUUCCACCUAUCCCCACCCAGCUUCCCCAGCACCUGAUCUCUGACCAAUCCCCUGUCAGUUUAGCUUGCACUCCACCUCCUCCCUUUCCUCCACCUUAUCCUGGUGACUUCCCCCUUCCUUUCCAGUCCUGAUGAAGGGUCUCGGCCCAAAAUGUCAACUUGUUUAUUCCCCUCCGUAGACACUGCCUCACCUACUGAAUUUCUCCAGCAUUCAGAGUGUGUUGCUGUGGAUAUGCUACAGUUCUCCUGCUAUAGCAGCGGUCUACAUUGAGAGCAACAGUUGUUACGGCUCCAGUUACCACGGUUCAGGUUUUUGAUUUGCACUGCAUCCUUUUUAGGACAAGGAGAGGUGUGAUAUGCCAGACUGUGUUUGUUGAUCCUUGUUUCUGUGAUUUCGAGGAGCAAGUAUGAAAAGCUGAUCGGGGAAGAUAUGUUUCUGUGGAAACAUCAGCAACUUGUGGAGGCUAGUCUAACAGUGCUUGUUUCCAUGGAAACAGCGUAAGGUGAGGCCUGUUAAAGCUACUCGUUUCCACGGAGACAGUGGUGAACAUAGUGGGCUUUGCCCUCCUCCCCCACCCCAUUGUACCUUACAACUGAAAGCCUGGUACUGGAGAGGUACUUGACAGUUCUCCAGGGAGCUGUGAAGUGAAAACGGCGAUGAAGCCAUGCUAAAAUCCUUUCUCUUUACUCCGACUCAUCACAAACGUGGGCAAUGGCUCGUGGCCCUCGUCACCUUAUUGAUGACCCCAUUGCAAAGACCAUAGUAAACAUUUAUUGCUCUGGUGGUGGCAAUUUGCUAUCUCAAGUAACACCAGUGUCUCAGCCCAGCCACUACACCAUGGCUUUGUCUGGGCUUUGGGAAACUUUAUUGACUUCAAUUCAAGAGUGCUGGUCACCAGGUCCUUUUUAGGUCACUAAGGUUUUCUCCCUCUUUCACUCCUAUUGUUAAGAAAAUGGUACCUACUGAACUGUAAAGAAAGAACGUUUUGGGAUGGAAACUGCUGAUAUCCAAGGCAUUGGUUCCCAGUUGGCACUCAUCGGUUUGUACUAAUUGUUUACUCAAAACAAACGUAAUAAAUAAUGAAAUAUACAGGUUAUUACAUACCAAAGCUACCAGUAAUAAACCAGCAUCCUUGAGACUGAUUUAUAGAUUUUAAUACUGAAGGUCCUUAAUGUUAGUGCUUUUACAAAGACUUGUAAUCUGAGUGUUUACUUUUAGUUGAUUUAUUUGACUGUCAUACCCAACACAUUUUAUAAUUUAAUUAUCACUUGACAUUUGGAUAUACUACAUUUUGCUUCUGUAUAUUUGUGUAUGUCUCUUAUCUUAUAAAUCAACUCAUGGAAAUAUUAUUUUAAAUAGACUUAUUGCUGACGUAAAAAAUACAUACUGGAAAUGGCCAAUUUUAAUUGUAUGUUUCCUGUAGGAACUGUGAACAUAUAGCAAAAUCCUCUGCGGUUGUCUCAGUAUAAAAAUACAACACAUGUAACAUGAUUUUCCUUUAUAUAUAAAAAAGAUUAAAUACUUAAUUGUU